AUGGACACAAGGACAGUGCUGCUCGUCCUGCAGGCCCUGCUGGCGCUCCCGCCGGCCGGCGGCACCGCCCCCGCCCCCGCCCUGCGCUUCGUGGCCGUGGGGGACUGGGGCGGGGUCCCCAACGCCCCCUUCUACACCGCCCGGGAGACGGCCAACGCCAAGGAGAUCGCCAGGACCGCCAAGAUCCUGGGCACAGACUUCAUCCUGUCGCUGGGGGACAAUUUCUACUUCACGGGCGUGCGGGAUGCCGAGGACAAGCGGUUCCAGGAGACCUUCGAGGAUGUGUUCUCAGACCCCUCCCUCCGCAACGUGCCUUGGUACGUGCUGGCUGGCAACCACGACCACCUGGGCAACGUCUCGGCGCAAAUCGCCUACUCGAAGGUCUCCAAGCGCUGGAACUUCCCCAGCCCUUACUACCGCCUGCGCUUCAAGAUCCCGCAGUCCAACGUCUCCGUGGCCAUCUUCAUGCUGGACACGGUGACCCUGUGUGGCAACUCGGACGACUUCCUGAGCCAGCAGCCGCAGCGGCCCCGCGACCCGCAGCUGGCCCGCACACAGCUGUCCUGGCUCAAGAAGCAGCUGGCGGCGGCCAAGGAGGACUACGUGCUGGUGGCGGGCCACUACCCGGUGUGGUCCAUCGCCGAGCACGGCCCCACCCACUGCCUGGUCCGCCGGCUGCAGCCGCUGCUGGCCACGUACAAGGUCACCGCCUACCUGUGCGGCCACGACCACAACCUGCAGUACCUGCAGGAUGAGAGCGGCAUCGGCUACGUCCUGAGCGGGGCCGGCAACUUCAUGGACCCCUCGCGAAGGCACUUCCGCAGGGUCCCCAGCGGCUACCUGCGCUUCCACUACGGGGCUGAGGACUCGCUGGGCGGCUUCGCCCACGUGGAGAUCGGCCCCAAAGAGAUGAGCAUCACUUACGUCGAGGCCUCGGGCAAGUCCCUCUUCAAGACCAAGUUGCCCCGGCAAGCCCGGCUGGGGCACUUGUGA